UAAUUGUGAAAGGGCCCAAUACUUAAUAUUUAGGGCUCAUCUUUUAAAUUAAUGAAGGCCCAACCUCUUGUCUCCAAGCUCCUCCGAUCCCUCCUUCUUCUUCCAUUUCCGGCAAAACACUCUCCUUCUAAUUCUUCUCCUCAAUUCCUUCCGACGACUCCUCCUCGCCGACCGUAGCCUAUCGCAUAUCGCCGUCUCCAUCUGCGCGUUUCCAUCAAUCGCCGCGGAGUAUGCCCUUCUCUCUAUGAUCUUAGUUAUUUAUUGACAACCAAGUUUAAUAUUUUGGUUCCAAAGCGUAGUGUUUUAAUUUGAAAUUGAUCAUAUAAUUGCAAAUACUCGUUUUUGCUAUUAUCAAUUUGGCAAUUAUACAGCAAUAGGAAUAGGAUGGAACAACCCAAAAUGUGAUAGGAUUGUUUUUUGGCGGGAAAGUGACAAAAUUGUAAUUUCUUCCAACUAUUCAGCUUUAUAUAUGUGAUAGAUAGAUAGAUUCUCGAGUUUCCAUACCCUUUCGGCCUUUCCCUCCAAUCAAAUCGAGCCAAAAAAGUUUCAGAAGAAAUUGAAAAUCUGCAAUGGCGUACACCUCCGCUCCGCGCAGCGGCGUACAGGGAAGAAUUGCGUCGGCGGCUACAACGCUAUACUCUGACAACCAGAGUCUCAUUGCUGAGAUUAGAAAGGCUACUAUUAUGAUGAAAGAGAUUGGAGUCGACUUCGAGAAGGACAACGAAUCAGAUAUGGUGAAGCAGCUUGAAGAUGGAGUUAUUAACUUAGUGAAAGCUUCCGAUGAGUGUACUCAUCUUUCCAGUGCUAUCCAAUCUAUAGGAAAAGAAUACCAGCCUGCAGCUGAGCUAACCAACUUCAGUAAGCUGUUCGAUAAGAAAAUCAAAAGAUCAAUGGCUGAUACGUCAUCUGACUCACAGAGCCGUUUAUGGUUACGGCAGUUCCGUGAAGCUAUCUGGAAAGUUCAUCACGAUGGACAACCUAUGCCAGGUGAAGAGCAAGACGACAUAGUAAUGACCAGCACAGAGUGCAACCUUCUGAAUACCACCUGUCCACUGACUGGAAAACCUAUCACCGAACUAGCAGAACCUGUUAGAAGCAUGGAUUGCAAGCAUAUAUAUGAGAAGAAUGCUAUCAUGCAACAUUUAAGGUCGAAGGCCGCAACGAACCGUUGUCCGGUGACAGGUAUAUUUUGGCAGCUAUUCUUGAUGAAAUUAUCCUGUUAUGAGAUUGAGAGCUUAUGUGACGAUCUCCUUUCAGCUUGCCCUAAAAUAUUGCUAGCAGGGAGAGUGGUGUGCGACCCCUUUUUAGUGAUUGAAAUUGAUGAAAUGCGAUCACUUAAUGCACAGCGUGUCAGAGCUGAUGCAAUCGAAGAUUUCACUCAGCUGGAAGAUCACUAGAAAUUAAAGGAAAAAUAGUUUCGCUGUUGCAACCCAAGACUGUGUGUUAGACGUUUUAACGACUCAAGAUUCAUCAAAUCAUAUUGAUUUUGGAUGGCUGAAUCGAUCCCUAUUUCUAGGGUUCUGUUUGUAAAUUUUUUGUGUUUUAUUUAAGUUUAUUGCCUGCCGUGUCACAA